GCGGAGCAGGAAAGGGAGAACUCGGCGGAGGAGGAGACGGCGGCGAGGUGGGUUUGACAGCUGAAAAUUUGAAACUGUUAAAGGUGUCGAAGCGAGAUGUUAGAGACUUCACCUGGAUGAAUUGAGCAUUUGGAACUACUUCAUUUGUACAAGUGAAGAAUUAUACAUCAGAAAGAUGCAGCAACUUUUAGUUGUAUGGAAGACUCCAUGCCAGUCUCUCUUCCUGGCAUCUGUAACAGCUCGAGACCUUUGGGAAAAACUGCAUAUACCAACUUUUGCCUAUCAGGGAAAUUAGCAAAAAUUAUUUCUUUUUUGCAUUAUUUUAAUUUCUUCUUAUCUGGCUUUAACAUUUUGAAGAACAAAACACACACAGAACACAUUUAAAAUGACAAUGUCAUCAUCAUCAUCAUCAUCAUCUCUCAUUAAAUUUGAAAAUCUUCAAGAAUUAAAGCGAUUGUGCCAUUGGGGCCCCAUUAUAGCCCUCACUGUGAUAGCUAUAUGUUCAGCAAUGGCAAUUCUAGACUCUGUUCUUUGGUACUGGCCUUUAGAUACCACUGGUGGAAGUAUUAAUUUUAUCAUGUUGAUAAAUUGGACAGUUCUGAUUUUAUACAACUACUUCAAUGCAAUGUUUGUGGGCCCAGGCUUCAUUCCUCUGGAGUGGAAACCGGACAACAUUCAAGAUACUAUGUAUUUGCAGUUUUGCAGAGUGUGCCAAGGAUAUAAAGCUCCAAGAUCACAUCACUGUCGGAAGUGCAACAGGUGUGUGAUGAAAAUGGAUCAUCACUGUCCAUGGAUUAAUAACUGUUGUGGACACCAGAAUCAUGCCUAUUUUACAUACUUCCUUUUACUGGCUCCACUUGGUUGCAUCCAUGCUUCCAUUGUAUUUAUUAUGACUAUGUAUUCACAGCUCUAUGACAAGGUAUCUUUUGGUUGGAGUUCUGUGAAGAUUGAUAUGAGUGCUUUGAAGAAAGAUCAACGACCAAUUAUUCCUUUUGGACUUUCUGCUUUUGCUGCAACACUAUUUGCCUUAGGUUUGGCAUUGGGCACUACUAUAGCAGUUGGAAUGCUGUUUUUCAUUCAGAUGAAAGUGAUUUUAAGGAAUAAAACUUCAAUAGAAGCUUGGAUAGAGGAAAAGGCCAAAGACAGAAUACAAUAUUACCAAACUGGUGAAGAAUUUAUUUUCCCAUAUGACAUGAAUAGUAAAUGGGAGAAUUUUAAGCAGGUAUUCAGCUGGUCUGGAACUCCUGAGGGCGAUGGAAUUCACUGGCCUGUACGUGAUAAGUGUCAUCAGCAUACCUUAACGAUAGAACAGCUGAAGCAGAAAGCAGACAAGAGAGUCAGAAGUAUCCAGUACAGAGUAAUAGAAGACUACAAUGGUGCCUACUGUCCAUUAAAUAAAGGCUUGAAAACAUUCUUUACAACACCUUGCACUGAAGAACCUAGAAUCAAAUUACGCAAAGGAGAGACAAUAUUUGCUACAAGGGGUCUAAAGAGAUGGAUGUAUGGUGAUAAAGUGUUAGAUGAAGAGCAAAUUAAAGCUGGGGUUCGUAUUAGAGGAUGGUUCCCAAGAAGAUGCGUUGAAAAAUGCCUUUAUGACAAAGCCAGUGAUUUGCUAGCAAAUGAAGAAAAAAAGGACAGAUAGAAAAGCAGUCUCAAAUUUGUUGUUUUUGUUUUGUUUUUUUAAACAUCAGGGCACAUUUUGCAAGGAAACAUACAAGUGUUCUUUUAAAUAGAAUAAUUCCAUAUUUAAGUUUCUUUCCUCUUUGAUUUUUUUUAAAUUAUGCAAUUUCCUGCUUUUUGUAAAGCAGUGACUUAUCAUGCAGUUAAAGUCAAAGGGCACCCUGUGACUUUUACAUUUUCUCCUUCUGCUGUAGAAUUCUAUAGGGAGUUUGAAUAUUCCUUUUCAGAUGUGCAGGAUUUCACAAAUAAUUUUGUAACUAUGAUUCAGUCUGUAACCACCGUACACUGGCCUAUGUUAGUAAAGAAUUGCACCUUGUAAAAAGUAAUGUGUAAUAUUGUGUUUGCAAAGAAAAGGGUUGGGUGGGGUGAAAAUUCCUAAACCUUUUUGGACCAAUAAUUAUUGAAUGAUACCAUAAUAAAACAAUUUUGACUUUAUAGUGUUCCUUAAUUUGGGGUUAAAACUACUGUAAAAGUCACAGUGUUCUUUCUUAACUUUAAGUGUACCCUUUGUACUAUGUGAAUGCAUUCUUACAUUUUGUAGCUCUUUAUCUUAAGCCUUAUGAAUCAAAAAUAAAUUAUAUGGCACGUGA